AUGGCGAAGGACAGGCAAACAUUGCGAACACUUUUCCUGGCUUCUGCCACAUCGGCCAACAUUGCUGCUAUUCUCUCUGAGAUUUUAGGGCUCAGUGAGGUCGCUCUGAGUGUGUCCUGGGAAAGCAUGCAAAACCAAAGUUUUGUAACUGAGUUUGUUUUUCUUGGUCUUUCAAAGAAUCCACAAGUUCAGAAAAUUAUAUGUGUUGUAUUUCUGUGUGUCUACAUCACAACUGUCAGCUGCAACCUGCUGAUAGUGGCGACCAUCUGCAGCAGUCCUGCACUCCUGGGCUGCCCCAUGUACUUCUUCCUCUCUUUCCUGUCCUUCAUUGAUGCUUGUAUUUCCUCUGUUGCUGCCCCAAAAAUGAUUAUAAACUGUCUCUUUGAGAAGAAAACCAUCUCCUAUGGAGGCUGUAUGACACAGAUCUUUGCGGCACACUUAUUAGGUGGGGCAGAGGUGAUUGUCCUCACAUCCAUGGCCUAUGACCGGUAUGUGGCCAUCUGCAAACCCUUGCACUAUUCCUCCAUCAUGAACUCCAGACUCUGUGGCAUUCUGAUUGGAGUGGCCUGGGCCGGCGGCUUUCUGCAUUCCAUUACACAACUUGUCUUUACUAUUCAACUACCCUUCUGUGGCCCCAAUGUCAUGAAUAACUUUAUGUGUGACUUGUACCCAUUACUGAAGCUUGCCUGUACUGAUACUUAUGUCUUUGGCCUUUUGGUGAUGACCAACAGUGGUUUCUUUUGUAUCCUGAUCUUCUCCAUGUUGCUUGUGUCCUAUGGGGUCAUUCUGUUCUCCCUGAGAAAACACAGCACAGAAGGACAGAGGAAAGCCCUGUCCACCUGUGGAUCUCAUGUUGCUGUUGUAGUUUUGUUCUUUGUCCCAUGUAUAAUGGAGUAUGCACGGCCUCCAGAUGAUUUAUCUUUUGACAAAAUAUUGGAGGUAUUCUACAAUGCCCUAACUCCUUUAUUCAAUCCUUUGAUUUACACAUUCAGAAAUAAGGAAGUAAAAGCUUGUAAAUACUGCAAAGGUCAAAUCACGGGACACAAAAAGAGAUUGUUUACAUUCCAGUUCAACAAUUUAGGCAAUACCGAUACCAACUACAUCAAAGAUGACACCCGGCAUAUAAGAUUUGAUGACAGGCAGCUUAGGCUAGAUGAAAGAUCUUUUCUUGCUUUGGAUUGGGAUCCUGAUUUGAAAAAAAGAUACUCUGAUGAAAAUGCUGCUGAGGACUUUGAGAAACAUGAAAGUGUGGAAUAUAAGCCUCCCAAAAAACCCUUUGUGAAAUUGAAAGAUUGCAUUGAGCUUUUUACAACAAAGGAAAAGCUAGGUGCUGAGGAUCCCUGGUAUUGUCCAAAUUGUAAAGAACACCAACAAGCCACAAAGAAAUUAGAUUUCUGGUCACUGCCUCCAGUACCUGUGGCACAUCUCAAAUGA